AGUACCGCGAAUAUUUUUUAGAUGACCCAAUAUUUUCGAACGCAGCCCAGUUCGAGAGGUCGAUUGUGUAUCUCGAAAUGAAAAUUACAAAAAUGAGCAAAUUUACUAGGAAAUUCAUAAUUCAAUUGGUCAACACUUGGUGAAUUUGCUCAUUUUUGUAAUUUUUAUCUCAUUUCAAAACACACACUCGACUCCCAGAACUUGAGGUGGAAAAAGAACAAAGCUUUAUAGCACACAGCUGAGCGUAUUCCUGAACGCACCUGUAUAGGUGAGAGGUGUCAGAUAUGGAGCAAAUAAGAGAGUCACCUCAAAUUCACUCUCUGGAAGGUUUCAUUCCCCUUCUCAGUCUUACUGAGGGAUGUGGCGUGCUUCUUAUAAUCUUGAUGGCUGUGUGGACAGGAUAUUAUAGAGAAGGUUUCUCAUGGAGAUCUAAUCCAAAACUGGAAUUUAACUGGCACCCUUUAUUAAUGACUAUAGGGCUUGUAUUUUUAUAUGCCAAUGCCAUGCUUCUCUAUAGAACGCAAAGAAAUGUUCGCAAGCGGCGAUUAAAGUUAACUCAUGCAGGAAUGAUGAUAUUUAUUAUAUUGUUAGUGGUGAUCGCUUUAGUAGCUGUCUUCGACAGUCACAAUCUUGCUCCGACUCCUAUACCAAAUAUGUAUUCCCUACAUAGUUGGGUUGGAUUGACUACCGUAAUAUUAUUCUGCUGUCAGUGGGUCGCUGGAUGUAUUUCCUUCCUUUAUCCUGGAUUGCAAACUCCAUUACGGGCUUCUUAUAUGCCAUUGCAUGUAUUUUUUGGCAUUGCAGCCUUUGUGAGCGCAAUUGCUUCGUGCUUGUUGGGACUUAACGAGAAAGCAUUCUUUGUAUUACAAAAUAAAUAUUCAGCCUUCGUCAGUGAAGGAAUACUAAUAAACUUUAUAGGAUUGCUGCUCAUAUUGUUUGGAGGCUUAUCUGUAUAUUUAGUAACGCAGGAACGUUAUCGGCGCUUAUCGAGAUCUGAAGAUGAAGUUCUGUUAUCCGGCUAAUAUACGAAUUAUGAUGCGUUGCCAGAUUUGUUCAUCGAUAUAAAUAACUGGAUGGAACUGAAUACUAUUCCUGACUUAACUGAAUACUAUUCCAAACUUAAGUAUUUACUUUAUAAGUAUUACAAAUUUCUUAUGUGAGUUUUAUGUUAAUUUCAUAAAUAAGGUUGAUCCAAUUGAUUGAAGCAUAUACAUAAAAAAAAAAACAACAAUGACCGCGUUCAUAUCAGAUAAAACUGCCAGCCGUUUUACUGAGUGAUUGAACAUGAUUGAUUGGACUGUUGACAAAAAUUCUCAAUGUUUUUAAGAAUUUUUUCAGAUUUUAAAGGAAUAUACAAA